UCACACUCAUUGCCUACGACUGGAUCUUUUGCGAGAAGACGGAAAGUUAAUCGAAUCUAUUUAUUAAAUAGCCGAGGAGACAGUAACACCAGACUCAUGGCGGGCUACGGCGGAUAUGGUGGUGGCGAUGGCGGCGGCUUCAUGUCCGGAUCCCAACAAGGUGGUAGUCAAGCCGGUGGCUCCAAGUACGCCGACGAGUCCCUCCGCCCCGUAACCAUAAAACAGCUUCUCGAUUGGGAAGAGACCUUCCCCGGCGCCGAGCUUGCCAUCGACGGCCACCCAGUAACCCAAGUGACCAUUGUGGGCCAAGUGCGCUCGGUCAAGCCGCAACCGACUAACAUCACGUACCGGAUUGAUGACGGCACGGGAGCCAUCGACGUCAAGAAGUGGGUCGAUUCGGAAGCGCAAGGCGGCGAGGACGGUGGCAGCGGUGCCGGCGCGAUCGCGCCCGACGCCUUCGUGCGCGUGUGGGGCCGUCUUAAGUCUCUCGGCGGCAAGAAACACGUGAGCGCCAACUUCAUACGCCAGAUUGAGGAUUUCAACGAGGUCAACUACCACCUCCUUGAGGCGACGUACGUGCAUCUGUUCUUUACCAAGGGAGCUCCUGGUAGUGGUGGUGCCAAACAAGAAGGUGGCGGAGGGGACAACAUGUUUGUGGAUCAGGGAUACGGAGCAGGAGGCGGCGAUGUUGCUAUGGGCGGCGCUGGCCCCGGUGGAGGCAACAGUGCGAUGCAGGCGAGGUUGGCGACGUGCUCAAGGAACGCGCAGAUCAUGUGCAAUUUCAUCAAUAACUCGCCUGGCGGGACGGAGGGUGUCAAUUUGCAUGUGAUUGCGCAGGGCACAAGGAUGUCGGUUAGAGACAUCACAAAUGCGGCGGAUGAGUUGCUGGGGCAGGGUAUUAUUUACACCACGCAGGAUGAUGAGACGUGGGCCAUUCUGGAUUAUUAG